AUGCGAAUCCAGACGGGACCGACACAGGAUCUUCAGAGGGGGAACAACUUCGUUGACAGCAUGCUCUCCAUGUUUGACUCGAAUAAUGAUGGGUUUCUAACCAAAGUUGAGGCUAGGAAGGCCGCGUCGCAGUUUGACAUUGGGUCUCGUGAGCUCAAAGGAGCGUUGAAUAAAAUCGGGAUUGACAAAAAGGAGGACAGCAUUCCUCUCGACCCAAUGAGUGAACAGAUUAAACGCAUUUGCGUGGAAAAAUUCAACUACAUGGAUUUGGACAAGUCCGGAACAAUCUCAUUGGACGAGGUUCUAUCGGCCAUUCAAGCAUUCAAUAUGCCGGCUUCAAUUAGUCUUGCAAGGCAAAUCUUCGAUUCUGUGGACUCAAAUAGGGACGGAGAGAUAGAUCUCAAAGAAUUUCUAGCAUUUCUAGCCUCCGUCAAGGAUGCAUACUAG